AUGUCAAGCAUGCCGACAGAAGAGAGAUACAAGACGGCUCGCAAGUUUCUCGACGAAAGCGACAAAGUCCGCAAAAAGUUCGUCAAACGAGAGGAGGAAAGACAACACAUUGGUCUCCAGUCGCCAGCACUCUCGACCAUAUCGCCCGACCCUCCGGUGAGGCAGAGAAGCUCCUCAAGUAUUCACUCGCGCCCGACUAGUGUUCCUCAUACACGAUCACCACCACCUCAACAGCCUCUUCCGUUCAUGACCAAUCCUCACCAUUUCGCGCGCAGUGAUUCUCCAGCUUUGCAAUCCCAGCGCGGAUCUCAAGAUGUCGCCCCCCUCGUAUCAGGAUUUGCCAACGCCUUUCCAUCUGGGACACCACUCAGCAGUGCUGAGAACACACCGGACUUUCGACAUGCCAGUCGGCAAGCAGAUAUCAUCGCACCGAGUACGAUCAGUUACUCUGAUGCAGGCUACUCAGAUGUUGCCAUGGACUUCUCGAAUUCGGACUUCUUUGACUUGGAUAUAGAAACAUACUACGCGAACGGCAACAAUGCAUGCGGCUUCAUUCCUGGGUUGCCAGUGAUAAUGAGCGAGGCUGAAGAUCUGGAAAUGGAUGAACUCGAUCACCACUCACUUGCUUCAACUGCGCCUGAUCCUAUAAACGCCGAAGCCAUAGCGGAAAGGAAGGACGAGAUGGCGAUACUCAUACGACUCUUCGUUGAUGUUAUGGCGCCGUGGAUGGAUUUGUUUGAUUUCGAUGCUUAUUUUACAAGGAUUAUUCCCCUUAAAGCCUCGAACAACGCGAUGCUACAAGCCGCCCUCGCUGCAGUGGCGUCCAAACAGCUUGCACGAUAUGGAAUGUCUUCAUCAAUCGACAAAUCCAGAUAUGCAUUGGUACUGAGCUCCAAGUAUCGCGAUAUCACUCCAAAUGAGUGGUUCUACAAAGCAGCUAGCUACUAUGACCGAGGCAUCUCAUGCCUGCGCGGAUUCCUUCGCAGGUAUUCUGUGCACGAUGAUCCAACGGCGCUACUCAGUCCGCCUGCAUCAACAUUAUCAGAUUCGCCUGGAUUUCCGCCUCGGCCAAUACGCCGACUGAGCAGCCGGAGUAGUAUUGGAGGCGUGUCAGCUGAUAGUGAUCUCCAAGACCUCCUUUCGGCUAUUUCUGUGUUCUCGUUGUACGAAUCCUUCGACAAUUCGACAGUCGGUGCGUCGCAGCAUCUCAACGGCUUUCAGAGCUUGGUACAAGGGCGAAGAGGAACGUCCAGCAUGACUGUUUUCGCGACAAGGACUGGUGGCAGAGCUGCGUUCUGGAACUUUGCUCUAGAAGACUUGCUCUCUGCAUAUGCAAAUGGCCGACCAACAAGAUUGCAUCCGAUGGAUCUGGAUCUCUGGGUUGCUGCUGGCCUACCGUUGGUCAGACGUCAAACGGAUCCGUCCGGCGAAGGAAGUGGCACUCUUUCACUUCAGCUCGAUGCUAUCUUCAAUACCGGACGCGACGAUAUUAUAGCUUGUACGCUAAUAUGGGUUGCGAACAGAGUGGUCAACUUCAUCACCCAGAGUGCUGGGCACUCUAUUGGCGACACAGUCUUCCGUCAUUGGACAGAACUACGGACCCUGCUCGAAGUGUGGCACAAUCGUCUGCCUGUAACGUUCCAUCCUUAUGCUACUGUCGAGACACGGCACAUCACUGAUUCUCGACACGGAAGUCAGCAGAACAAACACUUUUUCAGUGUUCCUAUGGCGGCAGGUGCUCUACAGCUGUAUCAUUUCGUGCAGAUUCUACUCAUUCUACACAGGCCGUCCGAGUCAGAUGGUCAGCAGACGCAAGGGCAACGAAUGCGGUUGUUGAGGAAAGCUGCCGAAGAAUCUGAACAUCACAGCCGACAUAUAUGUGGUAUUGCGCUCGGGAGUCCUCCAGGCGCUGUGCAAAGGCUCAUGAUUCAGCCUUUACAUCUCAGUGGGAGCUGCUUCGAUGAGGAAAUCGAUCGAAAGCUCGUGCUCGAGCUGCUCGAGAUCGUCGAAGAGCAGACGGGCGCAAGCACGAAGAGAGUCAGGGCGGACCUGCUGCAGCAAUGGGGAUGGUCUGCUGAGAAUAAGGACAUGAUGAAUUAA